CCAGAAGAUGGCCAGUGGUUCCUUUCAGCCUUGGACCAAGGGCAGCUAAAUCCCUUCCAGUCCCACAGUCUUCCUGACUUUUCCUGUUGGUGUGAGUUGCCUGUGCCCAGGGGAAUCUGGUCUCACGGAGCUUUUCUGCCUUGCCAUUCUCCUAUCUCUGUACUGAGAGGAGGCAGCGGCUUUUGCCUUUAUCCUGCCUCUGCUUUCCUGAGGCUGCUGCAAGCCAAAGCCCGUGCUGGCUCUUUCCCUACAGGGGCACAAGCCGUGCCUUGUCUGGUCUGGCUGUAGCCAAGAGUUUCCAAGGCCAUGCUUUUGCAAGGGUCUCAAACCCUUCAGAUUGGUGAAGGUGUGACCUGGAAGUCCUGCAGGAAUAGGGCAGAAUCCCCACAGGAAGUCCAGAAGAGCUUGCCGGUCCCUGUACUCUCCCUGAUCAGUAACCUCACUGGUUGUCAAACCACAGUGGGAGCUGCAGGCCUGCAGAAAACCCCCGGCUCCCUCCGGAUGCCUGGGGAGCUCAGCACUGCAGAAUGGAGAACUAUAAGAAGACCAAAAUCGUGGAGAAACCUUGUCCUCUUCCUUUCACUGACCUGCCUGCUGAUAUUAUUGAAAUGAAGGUGAAGGACGGGAGCAAAAUUAGGAAUCUGAUGGGCUAUGCCAUGAGCAAGAUGGAGCAGGACUCGGUGAGGCAGAUUCUUUUCACUGGCUCAGGCAAGGCUGUCAGCAAGACCAUCACCUGUGUGGAAAUCAUGAAACGAAGGCUCAAGGAGCUGCACCAGAUCACCAAAGUGCUCUUCAGACAGAUUGAAGAAAUCUGGGAACCCAUUGUGCCUGAGGCAGGCCUCGAUGCCUUGACAGUGAAGAGAAACAUUCCUGCCAUAUGUGUCCUACUCAGCAAAGAUGCCCUGGAUACUCAGGAGCCAGGGUACCAGGCUCCAGGAUCUUCUGAUGCCUUCUGGACUGAGACACUGACAGCAGAAUCGCAGGGACAGAUGAAGAGGAAGCAGGGUGGAGGCCGGGGAGCCGGCAGCACAGGGAAGCACCCUCGCUCCACCGGGGGAAUACCGGGGGGGCCCUGAGGCAGCGGCACCACGCGCGGCUCGGGGGAGCUGUGGAAACCAGCCUGGGGCUGUGGCUGCACAGCUGCUGCUGAACACGGGGACUCAGAGGUGUGAGGGGAGGGCAGGAGGAGUGGACUGUUAAAACUGGGUGUGAUCGUAGCUGUCUGAAAAUGUGUUUUCACAAGUUCCCUUGCCAGAGGCUGCCAGGCUGUACUCCUUAGGGGUUCUUGGAAGACGGGAAUUGCCUCUGCUUGAGCAAGAACUGUUGGUGUGCUGUCAGUGACCCCCAUUGAGGGAGCUGCUCCCCCAGUCAGGUUUCCGGUGCCCGGGGGUGCAGCAGCCUGGGCAGUGGGACAGACACCUGCCUGUUUGCUGGGUGCAGGUUGUUCUGACCGGUACAAAGUGGAGACAGGGCGUGGUGUGGAAUUCCCCUGCAGCUGCCAGCAUCGCCAGGGCUCAUGAUGUACAGACAGCAGGGCACAGGGUUAGGCCAGCCAUUUCUGUGCCUGAAGAGUCCUUCUGCUGAGCCUGUCAGAGGGGGUUGAAUGUAGGACUGCCAGGAUAUAGCUCAGUCUGGCGUCAUGUGCACGUAGCUCCCUUUGGCUCAGUGGAGGUGGCGGUCGUGGUUCUCUAUCCAAACAGGCACCAGUCAACUCGUGUUGUAACCAGCCUGAAAUCCGAUGGCUCUGUGGCUGUUCUGGGGUGGUGGUAUUGGGAAGCUCUAAUGGAUACUGUUCUUGCCUCUUUCUUCUCCUUGAUAAUGCAAAAAGAUGGGUUUAAAAUAAAGGUGUAAGUUCAUGUAA